AUGGCUCCCAGCGUCAACAGACCGUCAGUGGAAUAUACUGAUCCGCAGACGUUGAUAAAAUCCCCUUUAUAUUCCCGUGCAACUAGCACGACAGCCGCCGGACGAUUUAUUUUUACUGCUGGAAUUGUCGGCUCGAAAGAUGGCAAGAUCGUGCCCGAGCUCGCGCCUCAAGUUGAGCAAGCAUUCAAGAAUCUCGAAACCACUCUCACCGCGGCCGGAGCUAGACCUACGGAUAUCGUCAAAUUGACCUUUUACGUUGUGAACUGGAAAUGGACUGAGACUGAGCAGCUCAUUGAAUCUUGGAUGGAUCUUGCGCCUCAACGUCCUGCUAGCACGCUCGUUCCGCUUCAGAAACUCUAUGAAGACGGCGUCUUUUUCGAGGUGGAAGCAGUUGCCGCCAUUGGAGGCACCCAGAAGCUCCUCGACCAAUCUACAAUUAGCGGCAGUGUCUCUGACGCUGUUCCCCCGAAAACGGUAGACGUGGUCGUGGUCGGCGCGGGUUUCAGCGGGGUGCAAGCGGCCAACGAUUACAACCCUCAAGAUGGUGUGGGCAUUUUCCAGACCAGCGACGGAAAAGUGCAUCGGGCUAGGCAGAAUGACAAAGCCAACACAAGUUCAAGCUUGUCUGCGGAGGACAUACAAUCAGUCACUGCAUUGCUUGAGGCGAUAGAUUGGCAAACCACCUCUAACAAAAACCUUGACAUUAAUAACACAAGCGUCUACCCGACAGCUGAUGACGUCUCUUGCGAAGAAUGGGUGAAGCGCAGCAAGUUUGGCGCCUACGCCGAGAAAGCCAUCGGAGGCAUCUGUCGGGCUAUGGUUGGUCGUGAACCAAGUGAAGUUGGAAUACACUACAUGAUGGACUAUAUCAAGUCAGGCGGUGGGUUUACGUCUCUAACAACCGACGAUGAAGGUGGUUCGCAGUCUUUGUUUAUCAAAGAAGGCACCUCCGCCAUCGCGCACGGGCUAGCUGCAGAGUUGAAACCGGGAUCAAUCUUCGUGAACAGUCCAGUCGAUACCAUCAACCAGCAUGGAUCCAACGUAACCGUUACCACCACAAACGGGACCAAGUUCGAAUGCAAGAAACUGAUCCUGGCGAUCCCAACGAAUACCUAUACAAAAAUUCACUUCACCCCGCCACUCCCUGCACCCAAGCGCAUGCUCGCAACGAAGACAAUGCCCGGUGUCUACGCAAAGGCCUUGCUCACGUACGCCAGCCCGUGGUGGCGUGACCUCGGCCUUUUAGGAAAAUUCAGGAGCCAUAUUGGCCCCAUCUGCUUUUCCUGGGAGCUCUCCUCCUUUGAGACUCGAGCCUUUACGCUAGCCAUCUUUAUAGCUGGAGAGCGCGCUAGGAAUUGGUACCGCCUCUCCGAGUUGGCCCGACAAGACGCAAUCAUUGAGCAUCUUGCCGAGCUGGUAGGGCCAGAAAAUGCCCAUCUCGCGCGAGACAUACUUGAAUUCAACGUUGGAAAUUGGAGUGAAGAAGAGUGGUUUGGUGGCGCCCCGACCUCCGCCAUGCCUCCAGGUUAUUUGUCCAAGUAUGGAGAGGACUUGCGUAAGCCGUUUAUGAGCGUGCAUUUUGCUGGCGGUGAGACUGCGCGUGAGUGGAAAGGGUAUCUUGAAGGUGCAUUAAGAGCAGGAACUCGUGCUGCUGAUGAAGUAAUUGGUGAACUGGGCUCCAAAUCAAGAAUCUGA